AUGGCGUCGACGACAGUGCUGUGUCACCUCUAUGUGGAUGCCAGGAAGGGUGAUGGACAGCGAUAUGAUACCAGGAAAGGUGACGGGCAGUGGUAUGAUGUCAGGAAGGGUGAUGGACAGCGGUAUGAUGUUAGGAAGAGUGAUGGACAGCGGUAUGAUGUCAGAAAGGGUGAUGGGCAGCGGUAUGAUGUUAGGAAGGGUUAUGGACAGCGGUAUGAUGUCAGGAAGGGUGAUGGGCAGAGGUAUGAUGUUAGGAAGAGUGAUGGGCAGCGGUAUGAUGUUAGGAAGAGUGAUGGGCAGCGGUAUGAUGUCAGGAAGGGUGAUGGGCAGCGGUAUGAUGCCAGGAAGGGUUAUGGACAGCGGUAUGAUGUCAGGAAGGGUUAUGGACAGCGGUAUGAUGUGAGGAAGGGUGAUGGGCAGCGGUAUGAUGUCAGGAAGGGUGAUGGGCAGCGGUAUGAUGUCAGGAAGGGUGAUGCCAGAGAAAGGGUGAUGGGCAGCGGUAUGAUGCCAGGAAGGGUUAUGGACAGCGGUAUGAUGUCAGGAAGGGUGAUGGACAGCGGUAUGAUGUUAGGAAGAGUGAUGGACAGCGGUAUGAUGUCACGAAGGGUGAUGGACAGUGGUAUGAUGUCAGGAGGGUGA